GGCAUUUGCGAGUGUCGCGCGGGCGCGGACAAACAAGCGAGACAAUAAUAUCGAAACCGCGAUGCUUGGCGUGCAAGCGACCACUCGCUGUGCGCUAAACUGAUUCAUUCUUCGUGAUUCGUGUUCAGUGAACAUUCUACAUUCGACCGCGAAACUGUGCGCGCGCGCCUUGUUUCAACCGCAAUCAUAUCGUUAUCAUUAAUAUUUCUAUAAGAUUGAUAAGAUCAUUACAUCACUGACUGAUAAGAUUCAAGGACCAAGUUACAGACGAACAGUAGAGCGCGACUGCUGUAUGCCGAAGCUGUGAUUGAGUUAAGUGUAAAAUUAUAGAUUUUACUGUCGGUUAGUGUGAAUAUUGUGCUAGACUUUGUCGGAUGUCGCGGCACGUACCAUGGGGACGACGAAAAGACUGAAGAUAACAGUGGUUGGCGAUGGUAUGGUAGGCAAGACGUGCCUGCUUUACGUGUUCACGAAAGACGAGUUUCCAGAAGAAUAUGUGCCCACAGUGUUCGACAAUUAUGUCGGUCACAUCACAGUGGACGGAGAAGAGGUGGAGAUUGCACUUUGGGAUACUGCCGGCCAAGAAGACUAUGAACGGUUAAGGCCACUAUCUUACACACACACAAACUGCUUCCUCGUGUGCUAUUCAGUAGGCACUCGUUCGUCAUUCGAAAACGUGAUCCACAAAUGGUAUCCAGAGCUAAAACACUUCAAUGAAAAAGUACCCAUUGUAUUAGUUGCUACUAAAACCGAUCUGCGAGCAUCAGGCAACGCAGUCGUCACUACACAGGAAGGAAAGAAAUUAAAAAAGAAAAUUAGGGCGGUGCAGCUGGUCGAGUGCUCGGCGCUGGAGAGAGUCAACAUACACGAGGUGUUCGAAGAGGCGGUGCGCGCCGCCCUACGGAAGACCCCAGUACACAAGCGCACCUGCCAGUACCUUUGACCGUGUUCCCGGUACAUCUGGACAUACUUGAUUUCAACUUCCUCUGUAGGAAUCUAUUGAAGCUUAC